AUGGAUCGCCGCCAUGGCUCUGAACCUGCCAGCCUCUCAAAAUCUCCUUACAGCAACGGAACAGCCUCUGACUACGAAGAAGAAUUUUAUACUCAUACGGAAAUCCAUCACCUCCUUCACCAUGACAUCAUGAGCGAUAAGCAAGUCGACUUGGACGUCUUCAUGUCGACGGUCCUUCAUGCACCCAACCCGCUUCCAUCAACCGAAGUCAAAGUCAUUGACGAAAUAGUCAAAUCCCCCGAGUUUAUUGGGCUCCUUGAAGACUACUGCAAACCUGUUGUACUUGAGGAGGAAAAGUACCUAAGAUUCACAAGAUUAUGCAGAUACGCUAUUGCCCAGAUGGUAGAGAAGAAGAUCACGAAGAACGAACUGGGAUUUGCGCUUUGUGUCAACGAUUUUCGCAGUUCAGGAGGCCACCGAAAACCAGACGUGGUUGGUACUACAUACAAGGCUAUCAAUAUCAGAUUUCGAGAGGGGAAGUACGAGACGAAUGACAACAACGACAACAACCACAAGACUGACAGGAAAAAGAGGGGUAAUGGGGAAACGGUUGAAUCACAAUCGACCGUGGAAGAUGCUUCAACGACUCUCGAGAAUAUCAUCGACACAAUCACAUCACCUCCCACAUUUCCGCUGAUGUGGAACGACCUCUACAUGUUCGCCGAGUUUAAGGUCGGACAGUACGAUCAGCGGGAUAUAGAGGAACCUGUAGUAGGCGCUUCUCAGCCAGUGCCAACAUCCUCCUCUACAGUUUCUGUUCCACGACGAUCCAACAAACAGAGCAACCAAGUCGAUGACACGCAACUCACCGAUGCCUCCAUUUUUCACCAUUACCAGACUAACGGAGUGCGGCGUUCUCAUGGCACUUCCCGAGGUGUCAGUACCGCUGGUCCUCCUCUCGCUCCGAGUGACAGUAAUGCUGGUGGUUCAGGUGAUUCGACCCCUCCCGCUAGGGGUAAUUCAACUAAACGCCGUCGUGACGAUGAUGAUUCCGUGCAAGCCGUAGAACCUCCACCAAAACGACGCAAGGUGAUGAUUCCUCCGAAUAUCCGCGUAGAGUGCGCUGGAUACGCCCGCCAUCUGUUCAAUCGAGGGGGUGUUCGCACCCAUGUCAUUGGGGCUCUUGUCACGAACAACGUACUCGAGCUUCUCGUUUAUACCCGCUCAGGAAGUUGCUUCACGAAACCUCUCAAAUUCAUCAAAAAUCCGAGUCUCUUUCUAAGCAUCUUGCUUGCAUUCUCGAGGUUGACUUGGUCGCAGUGGGGAUUCUUCGACCGGCUUAUUCCUUGCACGCUGUCUACUCCUCAACUUCCGGGCCCCAACGGAGAAACUGAUCUGUGGAUGUUCAAGGGAUGUACGCUGGAUGUCGGGGAAAACAAGUGCGAGGUGUCGGAUAUCCGCAUGUUUCCCCGUGACUUGAUUGGUCGUGGGACUUGGACAAUUGGAAUGAUGGCUAAGAGCAAGGAGUUACUUGGUGAAGGAAAGGUUCGAAAAUUGAUCUUGAAGAUCUCGAGCGCUCCGACGACUCGGGAACCCGAGCAAUUCUUCCUUGACAAAGCGAGCACAGCGGCGAACGAAGACGCUAAGGAAAAAUGGGUUUUGAACCACCUUCCGGAAAUGAUCGAUUCGGGAGAUUUCGAAGGUACCGUAUCAUUUGAACAACUUUUCGGGGAAGACUACGAAAAGAGGACUCUCCGAUACUUGGCUGUGGAAGAAUUAUAUCCGAUUACAGACCUCACCGCGCCUGAAGAAUUGAGAUUGGCGUUCAAAGACAUAGUUUAUUGUCAUCAAUGGCUGGUCACUGUUCCGGGGAUUAUGCAUCGUGAUGUCAGCAUCAAUAACUUGAUGUUUCGUGUGAAAGGCGACAGGAAGUUUGGGGUCCUUAAUGACUUCGAUUUGGCGUGUACUCUGGACGAAGACCACCAGUCCAGCUCCAAACAACGAACAGGAACUAAACCUUUCAUUGCCCGCGAUCUUUUGACCCCUGCUAAGGAGUCCGACACCUUGCAGAAACACUUUGUUCGGUACGACCUCGAAUCGAUGGUGUACGUGUUUGCAUGGAUAAUUUGUCGUUAUGAGGACGGACGAGAAAUCCGAAAUCCACCAUUUGAAGGGUGGUGCAAAGGCAAUUUGGUUGAUGUUGGGCACCAAAAGUCUGAUUGGAUGCACGGGUCUGUGGAACGCCAGCCUAUCACUCCCCAAUAUGAAUCUCUCCGUCGGAUUUUAGAGAGCCUUCGGACACGACUCCGCCGUGGAUAUAAUGCACAGGACGAAUACCUGGCCCCUGAUUUUCCCAGUGGGCUUCCCCCGUUUAAACACGAAACCCUGGGUGACCAUGUUACUUACAGCACGAUCCUGGCAGCUCUCGAUCCCCCGCCGCCAUAUACGGACGCUCUCGCCGCCCUAUCAUAA